AAUAGUAGGCAGGGCACAGAGCGCGCAGUGUCUAAGCACACGUCCCGGGCUUGCCCGCGUAGUACUUGUUCACAGCUGAGAUCGUACGGCAGGAAAUUGGAUCGCUGAUAAGCAUCUUGUUACCAGUGGCACCAAACAGUGAUUGUGCCUUGGCGAAUCUAACGGAUCUUGUGAUCGCUCUGUUCCGUAUAGAACGAUCCUCUCAUACACGUUGGGAGGACUGGUUUUUCGUGAACUUGUACGACAUUUUGGUAGGCUUCUGGCGAAGACGGCUAAAGUCAGCCUGACAGUGAGCGAAUAGGGAAUUCCCAAACCUCUUUCCGUCGAAAUUCUAAAUUUGUGUUGUGAUAUUUUUGUUGUUGGCAAGUUACUUGUCUUCUGACACAUCAUAGUACUUCCCCUGUUUUUGAAAAGUGUUGAUUAAAAUGAAGAAUAAACGAUUCAAUGUGUUUGUAUGGGGAUUAAACUGAAGUGAAGUGAUUAUUGUUGUGCGUUGCUAGCGUGUGAUCGACCUUUGCAAACUAAGUUGUUUUGUCGACCUUCUUCCUACCCAUCAUUUCCAUAAUUUCUCAUCGUGCGUCAUCUUGCGAGAUAUAGGCAGAAUAAAAAGUGAACCACACUGAGAAGAAUAACUCACCCGUGGGAGAUAAACAUUUGCCAACAAAAGUGAAGGACCAGAAGAAGAAAACAAACCAUUCCCAAUAGAGUGUGGGAGCAAGGGGAAAAAGCAUACGGAGGUUCCUCUUCCUUUACAUGAUUGACAGUAAGGGGCACUGUCCCGACGACAUCUUGACCAUCGUCAGCAUCCGAUCGUACUACUGUUUGCACCCGGCAGCAGUGGUGCAGAGCGUUGUUGUGGUUGUCCUGCUUUCCGCGCACCACCGCGAACAGGACGCAACCAUUCGUCGCCGAACCGUCAGUGCACAGGAAGCGUUCUUCAAGGAGAGCGUUACAUGAGCGUCCAUACGCAGUGUUUGGUGAACUGAUACUGUGAUCUGAAUGAUACGGUGAACCUAAGCAGAGAUUCUGAGUGUACAGUUGAAAGUGCGCCGAAAGCAAUUAUUGUAUCCCAAUUCUGUGUCCAAUCGUCAAAAAACAAGUCGUGAAGGAGUGCAAGGAUAUUCAUAUACAAGGCGGAGGGGGUCGAUCAUUGCCCAUACAUACGCCUGUCCUAUAGUCUGGUGCGGCUAGUUCCAACCUCUAUGGAGUUUCAGCUAGACAGCGCAGAAUACUGCCAGGCACAACACAAAUAAGCGAAAGGCGCGCUUUUUCCCUGCCACCACCACCAUCAUCAUCACCAUCACCAUCGCCGCCGCCGCCGACGCCGCCCAUCGCCGCCCCAUACCUCCCGGGAAAGAAGGAUAAUCGAGCUGGAGAAAGUUGUAGCUGGACGAGAGAGCGAGUGUGUGCUGGACGAAAGAGUGUGAUAGAGAGAGCGAGAGGGCGUGUGAGGAGGUAGAAAGCGAGCAAGGCGAGGAGAUCCUCCCGUCAAAGCGCGAAUGGUGGUUGCUGCGUAAGGAAGGAGGUCUCGCGCAAGAUCUGAAACACACACAGACACAAGCCACCCGGGUAGCGAAGCUUUUGAAUGAGAAGCCCCGAGCUGGAGCGUACAUUGGAGAAGAAAGUGCUGCACGUCGUAGCGAAGCAUCGUCGCCAGCAGAAGGAAGAAUUGCACACGAGCGGUGUUUAUUCAUUGCCGUAGCCGCCAUCACCGUAAGCACCCUCCAACCAAGUGUGAGUGUGUGUGUCUGUGUGUGUUGGUUACACCCCUCUCCCACACGGACACGCGUUUAGAGGUCCUUGCUAGAGGAGAAAAGCAAAAAUAGACACAAAAUCGGAAAGGAAGCCACGGGAGCAAAAGCAUCGUCACCAUCAUCAUCACCACGAUCAUUAUCGUCAUUACCUCCAUCAUCAACGCGCAGUGUGCGGCAGGGAGAGAUUGGGUCAGUCAGUGGACGGAGUGAGAUCGUCCAAACUCGUAUAUCCAUCCCGCAUCCAUAUCGCACCAAUCCUCUAUGUGAGGGAUUAGCUUAGCGUUAUUCGAGCAUCAUACGUUUUCACGACUUACGUUGCGCGUCGCUUUUCCCGAUCGGAAAGUACUGUUCUGUUGGUUUGGAGAGAACCGAAAACGCAUCCCCAACGUGUGCCAUCCCUUCAUCGCCUGGUGGAGAGUGCACUUGCCCGGAUUCUGGAUUCGCUUUAUGAUCGAUGUGUAUGUGAGUGUGUGUGUGUGCUUUAAAUAAUCCCAUCGUUUGCUGUUAGGUGUGUGUGGCUCUUUACAACGUUGUGUGCGAGGCGUUUCGUUGCAAGUUCUGCAAGAACAAACUACGCUGCUGCAAGUGAACAACCAUCUUCGACAACUGCAAGCAAAACUCGGCGGCAGAAAACAACAUAUUGAGACUGAUUGUAAAAUAGAUCUAUUAAGAAUAGUAAACAAACAAGCAAAAACCUUCAAUCCAUUAUCAUCCAGCCAGCCGGCGACAAAGUGCAGUGAUUGAGCCAGGAGGGGGCGGUACGCGGUGUACUACCCUCGCAAAGACGUCGGGCGAACGUUCGUAUACAGACGCACUCGCACAGGAUAAGAUUAUAUUCUUUGGAGGCAAAAGAACACAGCUAAAAACAAUCCCCCAACAACACACAAGCGCCAACAUCAUCCUGACCAACGUGAACGUAAACGAAGUCCUUAGACACAACAACAAGCGACCCUUCUGCUCGUCUCGUGAUCCCCCUUACAUCGGUCCCGUUUCUAUCGAGGGAAAGGAGAGCGAAACAACACACUAUUCCACCGAAAUUUUGGCCGACGAUUUAGCCGACGUCGCGAUAUAGUCAAACCGAAACAACUGAUUAACCAGUAGCGUAGCAGCUUCUUGAGAGCAACCGUUUGAACUCCUGCAGUCUGCUGGGUUUCUGAUGAAUAUAAAUGUUUCGAUUGAAAACUACUUUUAGAUACGUGUUUCAAGCUUUACUGUGAGGCGGACAAAUUUGUCACUUUUUUAUAACCAACCUACUACUAACGCGUCGAAAGAUUGCGCCCGCGCAAGCUGCUGCAUCUGCUGCCUGCUAAUUCCGUCACCGUUCGGCUCCGUAGCCGAUCAGCAGGUGUGUGUUUUCGGAAGAACGCCUGCGGCUGCAACACAACCCUGAUCAGAUAAAAGAUAAGCACGUGUGUCUGUGUAUUUAAAGCGUCGUGGAAGAAAAUAAGAUAAUUCACCGGCACCAGGCGGCACAGACUCCAGAGUGCUCGCAUCAGCGUGGUGGUGGUUAUCAGCGAAAACAGAUUCUACCUGUGCUUGCUGCGUAAAAGUUACUGUGUUACUCCGUUCAACGCUGUUGUGACUUAAUAACGGAGCAUACCAUACCUAAGCCGAGCAAAGCAACGGUUGCUACGUUAAAUUGUGCUUGCAAUACUUCCAAUACACCGCACAGCCGCCGAGUGAUUCUGCUGACUGUGUGCACAGGAGCAUACACAAAUUACCGUAAAAAAGUAAUAUCCAUCGUUUCGAUUCUGGUUGCUGGUCAAGUGACAACCUCUUCCCGUCAGGCAUCAGGCAUCUCGGAGAAAGCACAGCUACCCCAGCACUACAAGACCGGUGAAAAGAUAAGAUAAUACACACACGGGUGGUGCGUCUGGAAUAUACAACAAGCUCUCGUUCUGCGGCUAAAAGUUGCAAAACAGAUCGGCAAAAGCAGCACACUGCAUCUUUUGUGUCAACCAUCCCCAAAAUCAACCGUUAAAGCCAACCGGGCGCAAGAGAUAAAGGAAGGAAAAAAGGCACGCGAAAAAGAUUGUGAUAAGAGAAUUUUAAGUUUUUUUUUGUUUUAAGUGGACCGCAUCAUCCAUCCUCCCCUUGGUGUGCCGCGGUGUGCGGGCAGAAGCUUUCGGUUUCGGCCGUCUUUUUAAUCGUAUAUUAGUUUGUAGUUGUGAUGAAAAUUGUAUCUAUUCGGAAGCAGUAAGAUUGUAUUGCGCGCGCACCACAGUCAUUGAAGAAGAAGCAUCGGUGAGAGGUUUGAAGAAGCAUCGGUUGAGGUUGAGAUAGCAACGCGCUGUGAAGGAGCGAUUGUUGUGCGAUUGUAAGGCGUCGUUAGUUUUUUGUUUCCACCCCGUUUCCGUCUAUAAGACCUCCCAGAAAAACCGCACCAGUGAACAGACGCUCUCCCUGCGUAAGCUCGCGGCUCGUCUACCCCGUCGGUUGUAAAAAGCGGCUAUUACCUUUCGUAGUCGUGUGCAGGAGAGCUUUUUAUGACAACCGUCAUCAUGCGCCAGAAGGACAUCAGACCCGCACCGGCGCGGAUCGAGUUUAAGGGAAUGAAAUUCCUGAUCACCGAUCGGCCCUCGGAUGCAACCAUUCUAUCGUACAUUGCUGAGCUGAAAAAACAUAACGUCUCGAUUGUGGUGCGCGUGUGCGAGCCAAGCUACAAGAUCGAGGAGCUGGCCAACCACGGUAUCAUCGUGCGCGAUCUAGCGUUCGAGGAUGGUACCUUCCCGCCGAACGAGAUCGUGAUGGAAUGGUUCGAGAUCCUGAAGCAAAACUUUCUGUACAGAUUCCAGGAAGAUCCGGAAGCGUGCGUGGCGGUCCAUUGUGUGGCAGGGCUGGGCCGGGCACCGGUGCUAGUGGCACUGGCUUUGAUCGAACUAGGACUUAAGUACGAGGCAGCUGUAGAAUUGAUUAGAGAUAAACGAAGAGGUGCUAUUAAUGCCAAACAACUAUCUUACCUAGAAAAGUAUAAGCCCAAGUCACGGUUAAAGCACAAAAACGGCCACAAGAACUCGUGCUGCGUGCAAUAAAACUAUCAAAAUUCCCACCAGUUAAAGUGUUCAUUUUAAGCAAGUGACAGCAAGAGAGAGCAAGAGAGAGCGUGAGAGAGAUAAACAUAUAAACUUGAUAUGGCGUGAAGGGAGCGCGAAGUAUCGAAAGAAGGGACAAUUUCGUGGGGGAAAGAAGAGACACAGACAGACAGACAGACAGUAUGAAACAGUGAAGAAACAAGGAACAAGGUUACUCAACAACACAAACACACAUACAUACACCUUAAACAGUGUGAGACACAAGGCUUUAUGUUUUACAAAUCCAUGCUUCGAAGGGGUUGUUCGCUGCGCGUGUGAAUUGUGGAUUGAAGCGAAGCAAAAAAAAGGCUCAUGCCGAGGUCGGUAUCUAACGUUGGCGGGCCAGAACUGCCAGGGGUAUUGGACGAAAAAAAAAAAAUACUGUGAGAAAUGGGAAAGCAAACGUGGGAGAGCUUUAUGCCGAAUGGAACAUCCUGUGCAAGCGGGUCGAGUAAGUAACAUCGCAAGUUAAGUAAUUGCAAAGAAAUGGAAAGAAAGCUUCCUUAUCACACUACAGCCCAUAAACAAUGUUCUAUUAAUUAACGUUACUACUGAAUUAAAAAAAAAACCGCAAACAUUCUGUUGUUCCUUUAAAAAGAAUCGUACACACCAAGAAGCAAGUGAAGGUUAGCUUACUGAUGCCGGUUUAACUAUUGCUGUAUUAGGUUCUUUCCAUCGUUUGACUUCUGCAACUGAGACUUAAUUGUAAACCUGCAAACAAAUCACCUCUCCCCUUGCAGUUCGUCCGGUUGCCGGCGUUAGAUACAGUCGGUACGUACCAUGAUUCACUUGGGGCACGACAAGCCACGACUACUAACUUCCCCGCCCGUAGCAAGGAGUGGAUUUUGAAAUAGAAAUUGUAUCAAGUACUUUUUAGGUUAUUGGUUUUAGAAAAAAAGGGGGCUGCGCACUAGCCGUGGUGUUCCUGCUGCCCUUCUUUUAUGUUUUUGCUCUAUUAAUGGAGGGAAACACGUACACGUGGACAGCGACACUGUAUGAUCAUAGUUCGCCGACGCGCCCAGUGUCUGUGUGUCGGACCGUAGAUCAUUAUUAAUAUAUUGUAAUAAAUUAAAUAAUUCAAACUAGAGAAAGAGAUACGGGGGAUAGGGAGUAGGCGAAAGCAGGAGAGUGAAACGGAGGAUAAUGGUUGAUUCUGUGAGCGCUGACACGCGUGCUUCGCGAGGAAAGCAAUGGUACUACACAAAAACGGCCCCUCUUGGUGGCCGUCUAAAUGACGCACCGUAACACUCUAACAAUCAGCUUGAGAUCCGAUCAAAGUGUGUGCGUGCGUGUUAUCCAGUUGAUUAGGCGACCAUCAUCACACGCGUCCUUUUCUUGGUUCGCGGGUUGUACAAAAAAACUCCAAGCGAGAGAGACCACCAUUAGAGAGGAGAGAUCACCAACAACGCUAGCGCGAAACACAGACACACACUGUACGAUAUGUGAUUGAAUUCGAUUUCCUAAUUUUUUCGUACUCUAUUUAUUAAACAAGAAAGCAAGGAACAACGGCGACAAACUUUACUGCAAUGAAUAAUGUUGUGAAUCGAUGAGAUAAAACCAAAUAACACAAUAGCACUGGGGAAAGGCACUCGGAGGGAAUGCGAACAACGGGCCUAAUAUUCGCUACAUCCUACAAACACACACAUGCUCACCAAUUUACAUUCGUCACAGGCGUUACAAUAGCAGAAUGGAUCCGAUUUACCAUACCAUUUUUGGUCGAACUAUGGCUAUCCACACACGUAUACGGCAUGCUGGCGACUCUGGCAGAGUUGAAUGUUUUUUUUUACAACCGAAGGCUUUACAUUACAAACCAUACCAAACCAGAACGCAACAAACGUGUGUGCGUCAACAAUAGCAAAUUUAAUAGUAAGACAUUUGUUACUUUUAGAACUUGUUUUUAGAAUGGCUCUUACAAAACAAAAACAAAAAAAAACAAAGAUCGUGCAAUAAUGGCUUUUGUAGAUUUAGCUCGUCCGGUUUCACAGGCAGUGAAACACAGCACAAGGACACCAGAUUUGUCUCUGUUUUCGUUUGCCAUUAGUUUUAAUUCAGCUGCGACGGGCAACAUCCUAAACAGCUUCGACGCGCUCCCCCUACACGCAAAGAACUCUGAAACGCUGUGAUCGUAGCGAUAUAUGAUCCCCACAACAAGAGCCCCACCCCACAUAGGACCAGCUUUUAGUUAAAUUAUAAUAGUCAAUACCCGAACGCGCACGGUCGCAGUCCGGGUUUCUUCCCAAUAAGCGCUUUAGUUCAAUUUUGUUCGUUCCGACAAUAGACGGUUCUCCUGCCGUGUGGCGCCUGGCCCUUAUAGUUUGGCCGAGAAUUGGCCACUGUGCGCGCGCACUGCAUUAUGUCGACCAUUCCACCAAUGUUUUCGUUAGUUAGCUAAUCAUCAAUAUAAGGCAGCGUGUGGACAAGCGCGCGACGUUCGCUCCUCCACAACCCCUCUCCAACCCCGCAAGGUAUCAGUAAUUUAUUUUCCUUUUAUAUAGCAUAGAAACAACCCGUAACUCAAGUUAAGCCCAAGAUACACACGAUCUUCAAGCGCCUAGACGUUUUUGUUUUGUUUUAAGUAUUUCACAACUCUGUUUCACAAACACAAUCGCCGUACGUGUCGUCGCCCUAAAAACAUGCCAAUGCAAAACCAAAAGUACAGCCAGCCUAACACUGGGCUUUAUAUAGCCGAAGAGAGAACUAUGUUAGGUUCAAUUGUUUCCUUUUAACUUUUACAAGGUUUUCCAAUGGUUCUUAUAGUUGUGGGACACUUCCUUGACUCUUUCCUAUUGGAAGUGAACUUCAUAUGGUUGAAAUUGGACUCUAUGGCAACCUUUUGGGACAGGCUCCUCGGAAAUUCCCAUUGGAUUUGUCCGACAAGGGCGCUAGUGAGUCCAAUGCCCACUGCAUUAAGUUCAUUUCACGUAAGAAGGAGUCAAUAAAAGGGUCCCACAGCUACUCAGAACUCUUGAAAAGUCCUGUAUCCAUCAAAACGCCUGUGAUGAGCAUCCGUACGUAUUCUCUAAACAGCUUUAGCAAUGCUAUCUCUUUCCGUUGUAAACACUCGUUGGGCAAGAAGUGAUCCUUCUCUUCGAUGAUUUUAACGAACUCUUUUGCAGUGUUUUAUGUUUCGAACGUUUGUGUAGCGUUUGCGUUGUGCCCAAGAAGGAAGCUAACAGUGUGAAUGGAACAGAUAGGGCUGCACACGUUUGCUCGCUUAUCAAGCCUGUUCCAUAACCUUUUUUUUUGUCAAUUAUUUUCUCAUUUUCGUAUACUUUAUCGGUCGAGUCAACGCAUGUGAAUGUGGCCACAAUUUUUCUGUGAUACUAUAAAAACAACCAUUAUAGAGGGAGAGUGAGAGAGAGAGACAAAGAGAUGUAACGAAGAGACGACCCCAACCAUUAUUAAAAGCUACCGAACAGAAUUUGCCUACGUGGUAGUAGAUACUUAUUUGUUUUAAAGGUACAAAAUAACAGUUUGGUUACAUCCAUGUGCGACCUCUUUUCAUGGUAUGGUUUUGAGUGUACUUUCCAGUGUAUGUUUCUUUGAAAAAUAAUCAUCAUUUGGUCUGUGCAGUGAAGAGGGACUCUCAGUCACUGCCAAAAAAAAAAACAAAAAUGCAUCCCUUGGGCACAUUUGAAACGCCAUUCCGCUUACACUAGCAAAGUAAAACACGUGCAAAAUCAUCGAAGGUGGAGGAGGUAGUUUGCAAUUGCGCUUCAAACCACACGGAGCAGCAUAUUAAUUUACCGUACCCUUCGUUUCGUUGCUGAUAUACAGUCUUAAGUCUUCAAUUUCCCAAGCCUUUUCCGUUCUAUGUCUGCAUCUGCGUACGUACGAAACGGGAAUAUCAUCUUUGUAACUACUUAUACGGUGAGGAAGAAGCAAGAGGCACGCAAUAAUAACGCAUACGACGACGCCUCUAAACACCUCUACACAGCGUACAUUUAAUUAGCAAAAUGAAACGACGAACCCCCCCACAAACACACACAUACACGUGGUGAACUAAUAGAAAUAGAGAAAAAGAGAGAGAAAAGAAGGAAGAAAAACAAACGUGACGUAUAAAUGCAAGCAUCUACUACAUGUAUUGAUAACACAAAUAGUCAUAAUCUAUAUGGCUGGCCCUAUAUACAGAAGAGCGAGUAAUAUUACCUAAAAUCACGAAACUAUACAAGCAAGCACUUAAUAGAAGGAAGAAACAAGAAGAAAGAAAAGAAACAAACGCAAAUAUAAAUAAUAUAAUACAACACACACACACUCUCUCUCUCUCACACAUUCUCUGGAAUGGGGGUUUUCCGUUGGGGAAGACGGGGUGGGAGAAAAAGGAGUGUGCGGGUGUGGGGAUGGGGGGUACGCAGAUAUUCAUAUUUUAUACACACACAAAACCGGAAACAAAACCCAAUCAACAAACCAACAAAAUCCCCCUUUCCCUGGAGAUGGUAUUGUAGAAGAGGAGAACAUAACAACCCCGCAAUCAAUCGCAAUCAUAAAACCAAAAUACAGUCAAAGUACAGUGGGCGUGUGUGCUAGGAAGUCGGAAGAACACACAUACGGAUGGAAAAAACACGAAAAGAAAGCAAAACAACACUAAAAGGAAAAAAACACUAAAAGAAAGGAAGAAAACACUAAACGAAAGGAACAAAAACACUAAAAGAAAGGAAAAAACACUAAAGAAAGGAAAACAACACUAAAAGAAAGGAAAAAUAACACUUAAAGUCUUUACAAGAGAGAUUGUAUGUGUGUCUCUGGAAGAAGAAAAAAUCUCUUGAAAGCAGUUGGAACCAGUAAAACAAACGAUCGAACGGAGGAUGUACUGUUGUGAGCCCGUUUACUGAUAAUAUGAUCACUUUAACUGUUGCGGUAACUUAGAUAUGUGUAAUUUGUUUUGUGUGUGUGUGUGCGUCUGUGUGCGUGUGUGAAUAUUUUGUAAGUGUGCAUUGAUGAUAGUAGCAAUCGUCUGGCGCAAAGCAUUGGUUUACAUCUCCAAUCAUGCACAAAUGCACAUAACACCAUCAUCAUCAUCACGACCAACAACCACCAACAGCAACCGGACGGGACGGACGCUGAUAGGAAGCGGUAAGGAGGGCAAAUGUGUUACAGAAUUGUCCGCCAUCGAACACAUACCAAAACUACAAUUGCACACAGACGGCCGGGACACAAUCGGGGGUGGUUUAGGCAAUUGCGCUAAAGUUGACGAAUCAAAACUCUUCUAACCCUUCUAACCACGUGGCGGCAAAUUCGAAACACCGUACUGAAGGGAUCCGCAACAACCACAGUAAGGAGCAGUAAGAGCGGGGGAUCUACAAUCUUAAGGAUCGAACGAACGAUAGCCGUCGCAAGCAAAAACAUAAAAAAAACACGCGCCCCUUAUGGUAGUAUAACACGAGCGAGCAAGUGUGAGAGAGAGAG